UACACUCAUAUAUACAUGUACACAUACAUGCACAUACAUACAUACAUGUGUGUAUGUAUGUAUAUGUAUAUACACUAUAGAUACACAUUCAUAUAUACACCCCACAUAUAUACCCACACAUACACAUUCUAUACAUACACUCAUAUAUACAGCCACAUAUACACAUUCACACAUAUACACAGCCACUCAUAUACACUCAUCCACAUCCAUACUCAACCACAUUUAU